AUGUUCCAAAUCUCGCCGGACACUGGCCUCAAGGUCUGUGUGGGGAUAUUCCUGCUGAGCUCUCUCUUCCUCACCACGUCCUACAAUGCCACCUUCGCCUUUGACCGCCCGGUCGACACGGCCAUCCUGGUGUGUAUUCUUCUGGGCGUGGCUUUGAUGAUAUGGGCUCGUUUGGUUCCAUCAGUAAACCGGCCGCCAUCGCCAACGCGCAAACCGUCUGGCAAUCCCUUCCCCGACCAGUUUGAACUGCCUUCACGGAAUCCAUCACGGACCCAAUCGCCGAUAUCCUCGCCAUUAUCGGCCUCGUCCCCUUUCUCGGUAUCCUCGCCGGCUUCCGUCUUCAGUGGCUUUAGCAAUCCAAACACUCCUCUUUCCUGGAGAUCCCGAUGGCAAGUCACCCAGUGGGCCAAGGUCGCUCUGCUGGCCGGACUAUGCGGUCUACGCAUUGAGACGUUCCGCCGGAUCACGCUCCAUACCGAAUGCGCGCCCGCUACAUAUGAAUAUGCCGUCCCUUUUGCCGUCUCUCUCUACGACUACUGGCGCAAUCAGCGGUCUCGGAGACCGAGCGACUAUAUCCCUUUAGCGCAAUCUGCGCAGCCACAAUCGCCGUCUCUGUCUAUUCCCAGCCGGGGUUUUCUGUCCUACCUAUUCCAAGGCCGUUUGCGAUUUGUGAUAGCUGCCUCUUUGCUCUUGAUUGGUGGCUGUUUGGCCUCAUCGCUUCCGGCUGGACAACAGUCGACCUACAUCUGUCCCGAGGUUGUUGGCGAGGCACUGCGCCUACGGACAUACAAGAUCUUAAACAUCCUCCUCGACUCAUUUCUUCUGAUUGGUAUCGCCGAGUUAUGGCGCGAAAUCAGUCGGAUGCAAGAGUUGCAGCGAAGGCGCACAUUGGUUUCUCUGGGAAUCGGUCUAUUUGGCGUGGCCUUCGUUUGGACGAUCAUCGGGAUUUUUGUGCAGCGUCACCUCCCUGAGCACAACGGUCAGCUAUUUCUGGAUGCAAAGUAUUCGCGCAGUGCUCUGAGCCAAGCACUGCUGGCAGUCAUUUUGGUGUUGUCAGCCUGGCAUAUUCUGCCGCACUAUGGCAUCAUUGGGGUGUCAAUUCUGGCAGGGUUUGUCUUCAUUUACACAUUUUCCGUAUCGACACUUUACGCAGAACCGGCGCCUUUCCCUUUCAUCUCCCCCUUCUACGCCACCACCGCCUUGGGUACAUCUUUGAUGGGGGCUCUACUGUUCCUUGGUGCACAAGUUGCCUCCGAAAAGGAGACGAGACCUUUCCGCCGAACGAACAUUGUCCUCCAAGUGCUAUUUGUUUCGCUCUUUGGAAUAGGUCUGUGGUUCGUCGUCAAUAAAGAGAGACUAGUUCAUUCCCACCCGAUUGACGUGCUCAUUCAAAAUGGACGAAUCAAUCACCAGAACUUCCUAAUACAAGCUAAGAGCAGUAACAACAUUGAAGAGGCCGUCAUGGAAUAUCGGCGGCGAUACAAUCAGCAUCCACCACCAGGAUUUGACAAAUGGUAUGAGUAUGCGAUCAAUCGGUCCUCAGUUGUCAUAGACGAUUUCCCUCAGAUCUAUGACAAUCUGCUUCCAUUCCGGGCCCUGCGUCCCGAUCAAUUACGGGAUAUGACACACAAGCUCGCCACAAAUCCAUUCAAUGAUCUCGGUGCCAUCAGUAUUCGCAAUGGGAAAGCUAGAGUGCAAGAGGGGAUCAAGCCGACUCAUGCUUGGAUGGUGGUCGGGGCUGCAAAUAUGAUUGAGAAGUUCUCUGAACACCUCCCGGACAUGGAUCUGGUCUUCAACUUGAAUGAUGAGCCUCGAGUCGCCGUGCCAUAUAGGAAGGCGAGAGCACUGAAACGGAUUGUACAUCACCAAACCCCCGUUCCCGAAGAGGAAAUUGUCAACGGCUGGUCGAUGGACCGAGAUCAAGGCUGGGGCCCGAUUGAGCCUGCUCACCAAACCAACGAGACGGUGUUUACGGACAGCUCAUGGAGAGGAAUAUUCGACCCGUAUCCCCCGCACUCGAUGGGCCAGUUCCCCUUGGACUUUAAUCUCGCCUCCGAUAUUUGCCAUCAACCAGAUCUGGCUUUUCUUCACGGGCUGUUGUUAUCUCCGGCCUCGUUCAAGGUCUCCCAGGAACUUGUGCCGGUGUUCAGCCAGAGUGCGCUAUCCAGCUUCAGUGACAUCCUGUUUCCAAGCCCGUGGAACUACAUGGACAAAGUCGAAUAUAAACCCUCCAGGGAACAUCCAGAUCUCUCGUGGGUCAACAAAGAAAGCGAUCUCUUCUGGAUUGGCAGUACAUCCGAGGGAGUCAGUCGCUUCGGCGAGUGGAAGGGUAUGCCGCGACAACGGACCGCACACCUGAUCAACAACAACACACAUGGCCACGUCUCCGUUCUACUCCCAGCAGGUGAACCAGACUCAUACCGCUACGAGGUUCUUUCUGGUAACGCACCAACCUCCCAACUCAAUUUGCAAACAAACGUCCACCUCGCCGACCCACUCGUCCGCUGUGACGACUGCGAGCUCCAGCGCGCCGAAAUGGGCACCGUGUCCUGGGUCGACUUCCAACAGCACUGGACCCACAAAUUUCUCUUCGACCUCGACGGCGCCGGUUUCAGCGGCCGCUUCCUCCCCUUCCUCCAGAGCCACAGCCUCCCCUUGAAGACGGGGUUAUUCCGACAAUGGUUCGACUCGAGGAUUACGUCAUGGGUCCAUUUCGUACCUGUUGAUAUUCGCCUGCACGGUCUCUGGAGUACCCUAGCUUAUUUCACAGGUGUCUCAUCCAACCAUGUACCGAAUCGCAUGGAGGACCACCAGGAGCAGGGCCGCGUAAUUGCUGAGGAGGGUCGCCAGUGGGUUGGGGACGCCCUACGCAAGGAAGAUAUGGAAAUUUACUUCUUCCGCCUACUUCUGGAGUGGGGCCGUUUGACGGAUGAUCGGCGCGAUGUGUUGGGCUACAAAGGUUAA